AUGGGGACGAACCCUCAGAAGAACGUUGUCGAAAACGUUGUAGAAAAUGGUACAGCAAACAACCCAGCAUACAUCGCAGUGAACGAUGCAGUAAACACCUCAGGGAACGCUUCCUGCCUGUCAUUGCCGCCGCCCUUCCCUGCCGGUGUUCAACUCCCACUCCCUGCGAUUGCUGCCUCACAAUUCACUCCUCGUGCUCCCUCCACGAUCUCGGUGGGCCUCCUCCCAGUCCCAGAUAGCCAUCUUCUCUCAGGCCCUGCAGGUGCCUCUUCUCUAGUCCGAGCGAGUGAUCUGCGCCCCGGUAUGGCAAAUGCUCCGCCCCAUUCCCAAUGGAUAGGGAGCUCCCCCAAGCUAUUGAAUCCGGCAAGCAUCCUGAAGAGUAGCGAAGCUUUGCUCCCACUCCUUGCGGAUGUUCCGUAUCUGGCCUCAUCAGAGAAUUUGGAGAGCGUUCAGGCGCGCGCUAUGGUAAUAGGUUCAGCGACCGUUGCGCCACACGUCACGUUCGAUGUUCCGGUAAACGCUGCGCCAAACGUCGUGGGGAAUGUUGCACCGCGCGUUGCGCCAAGGGCCGCGCUAAACGUAGCGGAAAACACUGCACGAAACAUUAUGGAAAACACUGCGCCAAACGUCCCAAGAAACGCUGCGCCAAAUGUCUCGAGAAAUGCUGCGCCAAACGUCUCGAGAAACGCUGCCCUGAACGUAACGGGUCACGCUGCGCCAUAUGUCGCGGGAAACGCCGCACUGAAUGUCUCGGGAAAUGCUGCGCCAUAUGUUGCACCAAACGUAGCGGCAGCCAUCGUAGGACACCUUUCCGGCCUGUUUCCAGCAGGCGAGGAUGAGGACGAAGACGAGGACAAGGAUGAAGACGAGGAUGAUGAAGAUGUGGAGGAAGGCGACGGCCCCAAUGCUACUGGUCGUAUAUCCGAAGCUAGUCUUGAGCGUGUCAGAGAUGGGUUAAUCCAGGUGCAGAAGUCGGCCAAGGAUAUUGCAGCGGAGACGGGUCUCUCUUUGUCGCAAGUGUUUGAUCGGUGGAUGUCAACUAGCCAGCGCACGCACACGAAACGGAAUCCCUGGAACCUAUAUAGCGCAUACUUCAAGGACAACGAAGAGCAGGAACUGGCGCGUCUGAGAGAGCCCUGUGCUGAGGGUGCUAGCGAUACAGACAUUCGUCGUGCCUGCUAUAGGGCAUUCUUAGCUAACAUGGAACCCAAGGCGCAUGAAAUUCUCACCAAGUAUAGUACACUCCGGCAAAUUCAAGCUGGUAAGAGGCAGACGAAUGCCGAGCGCAAGGCUCAAUUCAGGAAAUUUCAGAAGAAGCUGCAAGAUCACAUCGACGCCUUUGAGUCUUUGCAUGGCUUUAGGGCCGCUUUUGUCUGCGCCGGGAGCAUUCCGAACUCGGACGGUGGAUUGGGUGCUGUAUACGAGUCGAAGCUUGCUACUGGUUUCUUCGAGAGUCGGUGUCGGGCAAACCCAAACACUAUCUUAUCGCAUUUCAAGGUGCAGGUUUUCAACACGGCGUCCAUGGAUGUUGUCUCGAUGACGUUCGACGCCGAGCGCUCUCGAAACCGGACAGUACGGGCCUCGACUCAGAACCAGCCGCUUGCGGGCAGCAUCCCGACAAAGGCUCUGGCUCCGGAGCCUUCAGGAGCAUUGAAGAAGCCGACCGGCCUUGAAGCGCGUCGUGAAGAGCUUGAACGCGAAAAUCCGGAGAGGAAGCCGGAGCUGAGCCGUUGGGUCACAGAAGCCUUACUCUUGCUCUUGAACAACUUGGACAUUCCUGGCAAAGGCAAGAUUGCCUGGAAGACGGUUCCAUGGAGACUGACUGGCUCCAAGUUGGCGCCGUUGGGGAUCCAGUGGCGCCAUUUCCCUGAAGGUGUUCCUCUGCCGCCCAUCUCUGUACGCAAGGGGUUCAAAAAGGAGAAAGCGUCCAAGAGGAGGGGGGAAAGCAUGCAGUCUUUGUCGCAAGAAAACCUCUACUGGCUGUACAGGGCAAACAAGGAUCCGAAGUACCCGCUUCACUUCACGGUGUAUCACGGCGAAGCGAUUGAUCUUGAGACGAGCAUCGAGCCAAUUGUCUUGGGCGCACCUCCUAGCUGUGAUUCUGAUCAUGUCCGUGGUUGCCGUCUCUUUGCCGACGGUCGUGUGGACCGCUGGGGCCCGAGUCGCCUUCCUCCCCCUCGGGACCAUGGCAAGGAUGUCAGCAGUGACGUGAUUGCCGGCGAUGAGAAUGGAGAGGAUGACAUGGAGGAGUCCUCUGACUCCUCUGACAUCUCAGAUGCCGACUCUGACGACACUGACGACACUGACAGCAAGAGUAGCAAAGUCUCCCUGAAGAGGAAGGUUGCGCGACUGUUCAAGAUGCAAUCCGAUAAGGGCUCGUCCAUGCCUGACGCGAAGCGAGAGAAGACGAAGGGUGACGGGUUCCGUCCAGUUCCCGUGCGUAUAGCUACGACGCCUAUCAGGUCAGAGCCAGUCACUGGUCCAUCCGGCCUGUCCAAGAUCAUGGUUAGCUCAGACUCUGGGGCGGAACGGAACGCGGAGCCUACGCGGCCCCCAAAAUGUCCAAGCAAAAUCCAACCCAGCCCACAGAAGAAGAAGAGGGCGCUGUCGACCACUCGUGAUGAUCCCGUCGCAUUCAAUCUGAAAGGCAAGGGAAAGCCCGCUCGCAUUGGCUUUGAGGUAUACAAAGAGGCGCACUUCACUAUGGCUCUUUGGGACAUGCUGACAUGA